CACCCAACAGCACCUCUUAGUCCUCUAUACUUACUGACACCUCCACAACCACAAUGACCACCAGCAGCUCUGAGUUCUCCACACCCACCGAAACCUCCACUGCCACCAUCACCACCAGCACAUCUGGGUCCUCAACACCCACCGGCACCUCUACAACCACCAUGACCACCAGCACCUCUGAGUCUUCCACACCCACCGGCACCUCUGAGUCCUCCACACCCACCGGCACCUCUGUGUCCUCCACACCUACUGGCACCUCCACAACCACCAUCACGACCAGCAGCUCUUAUUCCUCCACACUCACCGGCACCUCUGAGUCCUCCACACCCACCGGCACCUCUACAACCACCAUGACCACCAGCACC